AUGUUGGCCGCACCAUUUUGCCGCGAAUUGCAUUUCGGAAAUAUGCUGACCUCAAGGAUGCAAUCACACGUCCCACGCUGCUUGUUCGGAUCUCCAAACCCCAAGGACUCGGUGGAGCUUCUUCAGGAGAGUCUUGAUAUGGAGAGGAGCAAGUUUGAGCGGAGAUGGGGCAUUGAUCCUUGCCAGGAGGACAAGGAAAAUGUUCAGAGAAAAUUCGAGCGGUCUCCACGAAAAAAUCGGAGCUCGCCUUACUCCAGACAAACAUGUAUUCACGUGGACCCGAACCAGGUGAUAAAGAAGCAAGAGCCUCAGAAGACAACAAAUUAA